CAGGAGUACUCCCCCAGUUGCAAGAGGCGUAGGACUGUAGAGGACUUCAACAAGUUCUGCACCUUUGUCUUGGCCUAUGCUGGAUACAUCCCUUACCCAAAGGAGGAGCUCCCUCUGAGGAGCAGCCCCAGCCCUGCCAACAGCACUGCUGGCACCAUUGACAGUGAUGGCUGGGACACUGGUUUCACUGACAUCGCGUCCUCUGUGCCCUUGCCAGUGUCUGACCGCUGCUUCAGCCACCUGCAGCCCACCCUCUUACAGCGAGCCAAGCCCAGUAACUUCUUGCUGGACAGAAAGAAGACGGACAAGCUGAAGAAGAAGAAGAAGAGAAAGCGCAGGGACAGUGAUGUGCCUGUGAAGGAGGGAUACAGAGGGGGAUUGCUGAAGCUGGAAGCUGCAGAUCCAUAUGUGGAGUCCCCCACAAGUCCUACCCUGCAGGAUAUCCCUCAGGCUCCCAGCGACCCCUGCUCAGGCUGGGACUCCGACACUCCUUCAAGUGGCUCUUGUGCCACUGUGUCACCCGAUCAGGUCAAAGAAAUAAAAACUGAGGGCAAACGGACUAUUGUCCGGCAAGGAAAGCAGGUGGUGUUCCGAGAUGAGGACAGCACCGGCAACGAUGAGGACAUCAUGGUGGAUUCAGAUGAUGAUUCCUGGGACCUUGUCACCUGCUUCUGCAUGAAGCCAUUUGCUGGCCGCCCUAUGAUAGAGUGUAAUGAGUGCCACACCUGGAUUCACCUGUCCUGUGCGAAAAUCCGGAAGUCCAAUGUUCCAGAAGUGUUUGUCUGCCAAAAGUGCCGGGACUCCAAGUUUGACAUCCGCCGUUCCAACCGUUCCCGAAUGGGUUCCCGGAAGCUGUUCCUAGACUGACUGCGCUGGCGAGGAGACUCCAGGCGAGGGACUGGAAGGAAUCGGAGCUCUGUGGCCCUCCCUCAGUUGAGCACAGAACUCCCAGCUCUGGUACAGGCAGAUCCUGCCAUUCAGGUGCCUAAGCAAAAGGACAGGCUGUUCGAGGUAGAAACUGUACAUAGCCAGUGAGCGAAUAAAAUCUUUGUUGGCCAAAGCUGCUGCCAGAGCUGUGUUCUCUGCAGUGGAAGUGGACUAAACACCCAAGUAUGGUGGGUUUGGUUCAGCUGAAAGUGAGGGUAUGUGGUGGUUGUGAAUUUUUGCUAUCAUUGUUAACAAAUUCCCACUGUUGGAACAAGUGCUAGCUGUUAUUCCUGCUUCCACUGUUGGGGAGAGGAGAUGUUUGGUUUCCCCAGCCUGUAAACGAACAGCCAUAUGUGUACGUUUCUUCUUGAGUGUCAGUCUCUCACCGUAAGUGUCUGUACAGCAGCCAUCCAAGUGUCCCCUUCCCUGUGGCCUGCACUCAAUACCUGUUUCCAUGGCCCCUGCCAGUCCAGGGAGCUGCUGCUGGCGUCUUCUGAUGUCACCAAGAGGAGUUCUGGGGUGUCAGGUGAGCUUGUAAUUCUUUGGUUUCCCCUGUUUGUUGAAGGGAUUAUAUGUGGUCACUGCUCUGUGGAAAGGGUUGCUUGGGGGGUGAGAUAGCCCACAUUCAUAACUCGGUUUCCUGUUUUGCACGAUGUGAAAAACCUGUCUUUGCACGAUGCAGCCAAAAGUAUUGGCCGAUUUCUCGCCUGGUGCCCUUCCUUUCUCUCCAGUUGGUGUAAAAGGCACCUCAGGUGGCCCAGGCAAGCUGUUUUCAAGCAUGGGGAGUGCUUAGGUUUUCUAAUCUCUUCCUCUCACUUAUUCCAGUAGCAACCUAAAGAUUAGGCAAUUGCUAGGACAUGAAUGGUGUUCCUUUAAAUGAUGGGGUACCGAAAAACAGGAGGUCUCUCUUGUGGGGGAUUUAAGUAUGCCCUUUGAGACAGGCUGGCCUGCUGGUUCCACCAGGGCAAGGUUAGAAGGACUUGAGUCCUUUUGGUUUGCAUUGGUGAGUGAGUGAGUGGUACAGCAACACUGGUCUUUAGAAAUAUACUAUUGAGGGCUAGGGCUUUGGCUCAGUUGGUGGAGUGCUUGCCUUGCAUGCACAAGGCCCUGGGUUCAAUCCCCAGCACCACACACAAAAAAGAAAGAAAUAUACUGUUGAACUAUGAUGUGUUCCUCAGAUUCUAGCGGGGAUCCUGGACUGGAGAGGCCCCUUUGUAGCCCAGAUCUGGAGAAACUUAAGCCCUGAAGCCCCUGCAGAUUGUGCUCAAGGGCAGUAUACCUGGUACACUGGUGGUUCUGGGGCUCAAGGAGAGAAGAGGCCUCAGUUUUCUCUGAAAUCGACCUUACUCUUCAGUUCAAGUAUAUGUUCUCAAGAAUGUUUUGUAAAGUGGUGGCUGUGUUCUCAUUGCAUUGUUUCUUGUAAGGCAUGAAAAGGGAAGAACACCCAAGUUAUAUUUAUUUGCAUAUUAUUUGAAGCAAGAUGGGCCCACAGUCUCCCUGAUGGGAAUUUCCCUUCUCUGUGGCACAUUUAUGCCCAGGCCACCACCAGCCAUUCCCCAUGUUCACUCACUGAAGCACCAAGGGGUUGAAAUGUUAUUUGGCUAACCAGAGCCUUUUUUUUUUUUUUUUUUUGUGCUGAUAUCCUUCACACUUGUCCAGUCAACUGUCUUAGUUUUUAAAAGUCCUGUUGCUUAUAUUAAAGUAUGAAAGUAGAGAGAAAUAGCUUCUCAAACUCAGUUUACUGUGGAGAUCCCAAGGGAGAGUUCUGCUGCAGAGAAAUAGCUGGUUGAGAAACCUUGUCCGCAGGCUAUUGUCUGACUCUGACUGGGGCAAACAUCUAGGACAAGUUGGGGAGGAAUUUGCCAAAGAUCUGCCCCAUGAUGAUGCCUGUCCCCUAUCUUCACCAUGAGAAUAACCAAAGUUCUAAGGUGUUUUUUUUUCUUUUUUUUUUUUUAAACUCACAAGAUUUUUUAAAGUGCAUUUAAGAAUAUGUGUGGUUUUAGACUGGAACUGCCAACCCUGGUGAUGGUUAAUGUGUGCUAGAAGGUUUGAUGCUUCUGGAACGUGUUUGAUACUCAUCUCAAUUUAUUUCCUUGAUUUUGUUUGUGUUUUAACAAAUCUAUCUCUGUGGGUGGUGUCUGCAAUGGUAGGCACAAACCUUGGUUUUUGGGAUAGAUUGAGCUGGGCAGCUGCAAUCAGCUUCUUUAUGCAAAUUAGGCAUGACCAAUCUAGGGGCUCCUGGUUGAUCACUAAUGAAGUGAGGGGAGGGAAAGGUGUCACCCCCAAAGUAGGCCCCUCAUGGGCUUUGGCCAGGCCAGACACUAAACAUCGUUUACAUGGUUCUGUGUAAUUAUAAAGUUUAUGUGUAUAAAGCGAGCUGUUUCUGUGAAACUGUAUAUUUUGUAAAUAAAGAUAUUGCUACUUUGUG